GCUGCGAUCAAGAAGGCGGCUUACCACGGAUUGGUCCCUGCAUUGCACAGCGCGGCGGAACACUUCGUUCAACGGCCUUCGGGUCAUUGACAGGCGUAUUCUUUGGCACUUUCCUCUCUCAGAGAAGAACCCUUUUCAUCAGGUCUUGGGCUAUAUGCUUGAGGGUGGAGAAGAGGUUUUGUGGUUUUGUAAAUUGUAAGAAAGGCUCUGAAAUAACCAUGUUGCUUAUACAGGUUCAGCAUACCAAGGAGUUCAAUGUAUUACAUCGUUUAGAGUUCGUCGGCCAACAAGAACGAUUCUUCUCUUUCCUUGAGAGCAAAUCAGAAUGGAUUCGAGAUAUUGUUGCACAUCAUUUCAAUCAACAAUCUUGCGGUAUCAGUAUUGCCUGCAGAACGGAAUGGCUUCACGGUAGUUUCAAUGUCUGCAUACCAGUAACCAUCGACCAGGGCCCACGCGUCCUCUUUCGUUUGCCCUUACCUUACCGUGUUGGAGAAAACUUCAGGCCUGGAAAUGCGGACGAGAAGAUUAGGUGUGAAGCUGGCACGUAUGCUAGUCUAGCGACUCUUUCUCGUUAUGCUCGCUACGACAGCCGAUUGUCUCAUAAAUAUCAGGGGAUGCCAGGUUAUUUGUUGAUUGAGUAUAUUGAAGAGUCAACCGGAACUAUGCUGUCAAAGACAUGGGAUGCACAGAAGGACAAUAUUGAAUUGCGGACCAACCUCUUUCGUGACCUCAGCCGAAUAUUUCUGAGCUUUGCGCGGCUUCCACUGGAUCAAAUAGGAUCUUUUAUCGUCUGUGAUGAUGAAAGUUUGCGCCUGGCAAACCGACCGUUAUCCCUAGGACGUCAGGACCUAGAAAACGAAGGGAUACCUAUUGAUAUGCCACGCGGUUAUGUAUACUCGUCAACUGACUCCUAUGUAAUUGAUUCGCUUGCUUAUCACGAUAGUCGGCUACAGUGUCAACCUAACGCAAUAAAUGAUACACAUGAUUUCAUCUACCAAACGUCAACUCUUACUGCUAUGCGUACAAUACUUCCACUAUUUUUUCGACGGGAGCUUCGUCGAGGUCCAUUCUUCUUCUGUCUUACUGAUCUCCAUCAGAGCAAUAUUUUCGUUGAUGAAAAGUGGCACAUCACAGCUCUGGUUGAUCUGGAAUGGGGAUGCUCUCUUCCCGCUGAGAUGAUACAGCCUCCACACUGGUUUGUUGACCAUGCUGUUGAUCGUAUAGAUGCCAACGAGUUUGAUGAUGUCCGACGAGAAUUCAUGGAGAUCCUCGCAGCAGAGGAAACAAAUACGUUCCCUAGUGAGCCAAAAUUGUCGGGCAUCAUGAACAAGGCCUGGGAAAUGGGAACAUUUUGGUAUACCCUCGCACUGACAAGCCCCUCUGGGCUAUUCACCUUAUUUGACAAGAUGAUUCAGCCUGAUAAUGACAAAACACUGCCCGGACGAUGGCUCAUUCUAUCAAGUGAUGACAUGAUUAUGACCAUCUGCUCCAAGAAGCCUUCAAGGGACAAUAAAUCACUGGCUCUGCCCCUGAUCUUCGGAAACUCCUUUCUCCACAGCCUCUUCUAACAAGCGCGCAAUUCUUUCCUCUGAUAUCCUCUUUCUGUUGUCCUGAGCAGCUUUGGCUGAACAGUAUUAUUCUGCCCAAGUUGGGGGGUUGGCGUUGGGCAAAUGGUUAUGCAACCAUCAGGCACUAAUCCUAGGUCAGCCGACACUGUAUAGUC